AUGCUGCAAGAAGAUCGCUAUGAGUACAUGGGAACGGCGCAGUGCGAAGGUGCUCACGACGAGUCAGGACUCUUGUCGCACACACCCACCUUCUCGGAAUCCAUCAUUGAAGGAGGAGUGAACCACAACAAGCACAAGCCAAAGUUGACCAAACAGUUUCUGCAAAAACUGGAAUACUUGGAAGAACACAACAUCAAUGGACUCAUCGUGUUUGAAAUGCUUGGAGGCAAUCUACUCAUGGCAUCGUCCAAGUAUCCACAAGCCUUUCCACUCAUUCUAAACACGGUCAUGGCACGAUUCCGAGUCAAGAUUGUCAUCAACUACAAAUACCUCUUUGAUUACAUUACGUCCAUGUACAAUCAACACAUCAAGCCAACGGGAAAAUACAAUGCGGAAAACAAAAACUGGCCGGGACAAGCAGGACCGGACGGAAAAAAGGGAGACUACAUCAGACCCUUUGACACGGAAUCACAGGAAGCACUCUACUAUCUCAAAAUGAUCAAACGCAAUCGACAAUCCAAAACCGCCAUUGUCCGACAGAAAUACAUUCAUGCUGGAGUGGAUCCUCGCGACAUUUCCAUCUUGGACAUGACUGUCUCACAUCAAACCGUACUCACGGCAUUGCUCUGCGAUCAUUUGCCCGGAGCUUCUGGGGCGUGCGCACACGCCCGGGCGGGAACCUUUCCCAUUCCUCCCAAGGACAAAAUGUCGGCCAAUCCGAGUUUUCCAAUCAACUACGAUAUUCUCGCCACGGCCGCGUGGAAAGACGGGUUGGUCAACACCACCAACUUGUCGCGUGGCACGGUCAUUCAAGCCAUUAAAGCGCGACAAGAGAAGCAACUCAACCGGACGCUACACGACUUUCCCAAGACAUGUAUGGACACGAAGAAAAUACAAAAGCUCUUGACACUCUCCAUUGAAGUCGAUCGGAAUCUGUUUGGAACCAGCCAGACUCGGGAAGAAGCUCUGACCCAGAAAUUCUGGGAUGGCAAGCCGACCAAGUUGUGCUCGGUCGAUACCAACGUAGUUCUGGCGGAUCCAGAGUGGAGAGAUUGGUUCGCAAAUACCACCACCAUGACAAUGUAA